AUGAGAGAACGGCAAAUGGGUACGAAAUUCGAACCUAGGAGCCAUGUAAAUCCAACAGAAGUUGUCCCAUGUUACAGCACAAAAUCUCGACAGAUUAGCAGAUCUUCCUACAUCGGAAAAUUGAAGAAUAUGCUAAAACUCACACGGAAAACUGCUAGUCAAACGACUGAAAAGAAGCGCGUCAGGAUAGCGCUCGAAUUUCAGAACAGACUGGCAAAGGCUUUUGAGCCAAAGGCUUUGGUUGAGGACCCUAAUCGUCCUCCUGUCCUGUCGUGGGCGCCCUGGCAGUAUCCCAGCCCUCGUACAACCAUGACCUACACAACUAACAAUAUUCUCAUGCCACAUCGGCCGUCGCGUGGUGCCAUCAGCCGGGUCGCCUUACUUGCUGCAUACAGCAGGGCGGGUAAGCGAAAACAGGCUACUGCUGACGCCUCCCUUCUUUCUCCUUCACAUACUUUUUCUUCCCCCUCUCCCCACCCCAUUAAUAACUCUCUCCUUGUAGGCCCAGCACUUAGGACUGAUGACUCCGUUCGUCAUGCAUCGGUUUUGCGUGCAGCAUCUGCUCGUCACAUGGUGCCGACAUCUUCAGGAAUCUCCAGAUCAGUCCUCAAGCCUCGACACCCACUCUAUCUGACCGCCGUACGAACUGAUGUGAUAUCCAUCAGUAUUGAUUCAAUUGAACAUACGAACCACUGUCAAAGCAAUGGUGCAUUCAAAAUAGAACACGAAACCAAAGAAACGUUUUGUUUUCUGGAUGUACGUCUAAAAAGCUAG